CAAUAGACCUCUCUUCUGCUCUUGCUUGGACUCCGACAUCUCAUAGCUGUUCGCCAUGUGGAGGAACUCUCUGCUGAGGGGCGUCCAGGCCGCCCGCCUCGCCACGAGGCCGACGAGGCUUGCCGCCCUCCCCAGGCCCUUGACCCUGACCACGAGGCGCCUCUACGCCGCCACGACGACGACGUCCAAUGCUACGGCCUCGGCCCCCGACCCCAGUGACAACUUCCUGUCCGGAAGCACUGCCAACUACAUCGAUGAGAUGUACAUGCAGUGGAAGCAGGAUCCCAAGAGCGUCCACGUAUCAUGGCAGGUCUACUUCAAGAACAUCGAGAGCGGCGACAUGCCCAUCUCCCAGGCCUUCCAGCCGCCCCCGAACCUGGUCCCCGGCAUGACAGGGGGCGUCCCUCGUCUCGCCGGCGGCCUGACCCUUGACGACGGCUCCGACGUCACCAACCACCUCAAGGUCCAGCUGCUGGUGCGCGCAUAUCAAGCCCGUGGACAUCACAAGGCUGACAUCGACCCUCUCGGCAUCCGCAACACCUCUGCCGGCUUUGGUAACAUCAAGCCCAAGGAGCUGUCUCUCGAGCACUAUGGCUUCACCGAAAAGGACCUCGACACCCAGUACACCCUUGGACCCGGCAUCCUGCCCAGGUUCAAGCGGGAGGGCCGUGACAAGAUGACCCUGCGAGAGAUCAUUGCCGCGUGCGAAAAGAUCUACUCUGGCUCAUAUGGCGUUGAGUUCAUCCACAUCCCCGACCGCGAGAAGUGCGACUGGCUGCGCGAGCGCCUCGAGGUGCCCCAGCCCUUCAAGUACUCCAUCGAUGAGAAGCGCCGCGUCCUCGACCGGUUGAUCUGGAGCUCCAGCUUCGAGUCGUUCCUCGCCACCAAGUAUCCCAACGACAAGCGAUUCGGUCUUGAGGGUUGCGAGACCCUGGUUCCCGGCAUGAAGGCUCUGAUUGACCGCAGCGUCGACUACGGUGUCAAGGACAUUGUGAUCGGCAUGCCUCACCGAGGCAGGUUGAACGUGCUGAGCAACGUCGUCCGAAAGCCAAACGAGUCCAUCUUCAGCGAGUUCGCAGGCUCCCUCAACGCUGGAGAUGAGGGCUCCGGCGACGUCAAGUACCACUUGGGCAUGAACUUCGAGCGCCCCACGCCUUCUGGCAAGCGCGUGCAGCUCUCGCUCGUCGCCAACCCCUCCCAUUUGGAAGCCGAGGACCCUGUUGUGCUUGGCAAGACCCGCGCCAUCCAGCACUACAACAACGACGAGAAGGACCACAAGACCGCCAUGAGCGUCCUGUUGCACGGAGAUGCCGCGUUCGCAGCCCAGGGCGUCGUCUACGAAUGUCUUGGAUUCCACUCCCUGCCGGCCUUUUCUACCGGCGGUACCGUCCACCUCGUCGUCAACAACCAGAUUGGUUUCACCACUGACCCUCGAUUCGCGCGAUCCACGGCCUACUGCACGGAUAUCGCCAAGGCCAUCGAUGCCCCGGUGUUCCACGUCAACGCCGACGACGUCGAGGCCGUCAACUUUGUCUGCCAAUUGGCCGCUGACUGGCGAGCCGAGUUCCAGCACGACGUUGUUAUUGACUUGAUCUGCUACCGCAAGCAUGGCCACAACGAGACUGACCAGCCCUCGUUCACCCAGCCUCUCAUGUACAAGCGCAUCCAGGAGAAGGUGCCCCAGAUUGACAUUUACGUCGACAAGUUGUUGAAGGAAGGCACUUUUACCAAGGAAGACAUUGAGGAGCACAAGCAGUGGGUAUGGGGCAUGCUUGAGGAGAGUUUCUCAAAAUCCAAGGACUACCAACCCACGUCCAAGGAGUGGACGACGUCGGCCUGGAAUGGCUUCAAGUCGCCCAAGGAGCUCGCCACCGAGGUCCUUCCCCACAACGACACCAGCGUCGACCGAGCUUCGCUGAACCACAUUGGCGAAGUCAUUGGAUCGGCCCCUGAAGGCUUCCACAUUCACCGAAACCUCAAGCGAAUCCUCAACAACCGCACGAAAUCUGUCACUGAGGGCAAGAACAUUGACUUCCCUACCGCCGAGGCCCUGGCCUUUGGCUCCCUCGCCACCGAGGGCUACCAUGUGAGAGUCUCCGGACAGGAUGUCGAGCGUGGCACCUUCUCGCAGCGCCAUGCUGUCUUCCAUGACCAGGAAACCGAGGAGACAUAUACCCCCCUGCAGCAUGUCAGCAAGGACCAAGGGAAGUUCGUCAUUUCCAACUCGUCCUUGAGCGAGUUUGGUGCCCUCGGCUUCGAGUACGGCUACUCCCUGUCGUCGCCCAAUGCGCUGGUCAUGUGGGAGGCGCAGUUUGGUGACUUCGCCAACAACGCCCAGUGCAUCAUCGACCAGUUCAUUGCCUCUGGCGAGGCCAAGUGGAUGCAGAGAACCGGUCUGGUCAUGUCCCUGCCCCACGGCUACGACGGCCAGGGUCCCGAGCACUCCUCCGGCCGCUUGGAGCGGUACUUGCAGCUUUGCAACGAGGACCCUCGCGUGUUCCCGCCCGAAGACAAGCUUCCGCGCCAGCACCAAGACUGCAACAUGCAGAUUGUUUACAUGACCACUCCCGCCAACUUGUUCCACGUCCUCCGUCGACAGAUGCACCGACAGUUCCGAAAGCCCCUUGUCAUCUUCUUCUCCAAGUCCCUGCUCCGUCACCCGUUGGCACGAUCCAACAUUGAGGAGUUCACCGGUCCCGAUGCGGGAUUCAAGUGGAUCAUCCCCGAUCCCGAGCACCAGACUGGCAACAUCAAGUCUCCUGAAGAGAUUGACCGAGUCAUCCUCUGCACUGGUCAGGUCUGGGCCAGCCUGCACAAGUACCGUGCCGACAACAAGAUCGACAAUGUGGCCUUUACCCGUAUCGAGCAGCUGAACCCCUUCCCCUGGCAGCAGCUGAAGGAGAACCUGGACAUGUACCCCAACGCGAAGACCAUCGUCUGGGCACAGGAGGAGCCCCUCAACGCGGGAGCCUGGAGCUUCACGCAGCCGCGUAUCGAGACGCUGCUCAACCAGACCCAGUACCACGAUCGCAAGCACGUCAUGUAUGCCGGUCGCAACCCCAGCGCCUCCGUGGCAACCGGCUUGAAGACUAUGCACAUGAAGGAGGAACAGGAGCUGUUGGAGAUGGCUUUUACUGUUACGCAGGACAAGCUGAAGGGCGAGUAGAUGGAUGGACGCGGCGGAGAUUGGGGAAUAGACACGGCGCCUUGACGAUGGGGUUGGUACGAUUGAUCGGUCACACUGCAUAGAUUCCGUCUUGGGAGUUCAUCAUGGGAUAGAUUGCUCCGUGUCAUACACUACAGCACGGUGCGCUCUGUUCCAGCAGUAU